AUGUCCCAGUGCAAUCCCUUAUCCCAUGGGAUAUUGAAAGAGCUUGGCAAACUUGCAGAGUUGAAACAAAGGGGUCUGAUUCUUGACCGUCACUUCGAGACAAUCAAAGCACACGUGAAGGCGGGCAACUCCGUUGCGAAGGAGCGAUGGGACGCCAUCGAGAGCGCGUGGGGGUUGAAGAAGAACGGUGUCUUUGACGAAGAAGAGUGGGUCACGCAGAUUGACGGCGAAACGCAGGGUAUUACCAGCAGCACCCGCCUGUCCUCUUCAUCCCAACAAGAUGCCGGCAGCGCGCGAGGUGCUGCACCGCCGUCUCAGCAUCCACCUGCUGCUGCGGGUACCGCGAGGCGAAAGGCCGUGGAUCGCGGGAAGCAAGCUAGGGAGAGAGCUGCCAAAGGCACUUUAGGCGGCAACAUCUGCAACGCGUUCGCGAUUGGCAGCCGAGGACCGAUUGAGCGGACUCGCGGUGGAGUGAAAGAGCUCAUAUCCGGUAUAAGCUUCCCACCUCCGACCCCGGAGUCCCGCCGAUCUUGCCCUCACUGUCCCAUGACCUUCGUGAACGAGCAAGGCCUUGGGAUCCACGUGAGAACGCAGCACAGCAGUGCAAACAUGUCCAACGGCGUGCGGCUGCGGCGCAUGCUACGGAAGGAUGUCGGAGGGAGUGUCCUGCCGUGGGAAGCAGCCGGGCCUGGGCAUUAUUGGCACGUGAAGUUCGAUCAUGCGACGGGGACGACUUCGCUUGUCCUCCAGCGGAAGCGCUUUCUCGAUCUCGACUUGGAUAGCGACGGCUUUAUGGACCGCAAACCCAAGGACACUCGUGGGGCUCCCAAGCGCAGGCGAUACGACUUCAGGUUCAACGCCUACGCGGUCAACCAGCUGCGCAUCCUCCAGGACAACGCCGAACACCUCUGGAAGGAGGAGAAGGGCACGCCUCUUCAGUUCUUGGAGGAUCGUCUCAAGAUUCCCUACAGCAAUAUAGUGAAGUGGGCCAAGAACGAGAAGGAAUUGGUCGCGGCGGCAGCCGAUGACGUAACGAAGAGCCUCCUCGCCAAACAGCAGCCUAAGCGGUGGUUUCCUGAGGCAGAGAAGCGACUGUACGAGGGGUUUGUGAAGCGGCGGAAAAGGAAGCUGAAGGUGUCGACCCUGUGGCUGAUGAUCACGUUCCGGAAGCUCGCGCGAAAAUGGGCCAAGAGGCAUAACCUGUCCAAAAGACGCCGGACCAACCUCAAGAACAAGUCUGUCGAUGAGCAGCUUCCAAAGAUCCAGCGCUUCCACCGGCUGUUUCGCAAGCUCCUGCAAGAGCCGGUGCGGUACAGGGCGCCCGAUGAGCCCGAGGUGGCGGCAGUCACGACGGUCGCGGAGAGAGUCCAGGGUUCCCAAAUACGGUCAAUUCCAGCUUCGGGAGCGUUGGAAUGUGAAUCAAGUGUCUUUGGCAUUCGUGAACGGGCUGCUCGAAACGUGGGACAAGAGAGGUGCGUUGCGGGUAGCAAUCUCGCAGCCCUUUGCUGGCCUAAUAAAAGGCAGUGCACGAUGCAAGUCAUCUUUGGUCCGGGUGAGAAGACCACGCGCAUUUCGGUGAUUUUCCGAGGCACGGGAAANGGUCAAUUCCAGCUCUGGGAGCGUUGGAAUGUGGAUCAAGUGUCUUUGGCAUUCGUGAACGGGCUGCUCGAAACGUGGGACAAGAGAGGUGCGUUGCGGUGCACGAUGCAAGUCAUCUUUGGUCCGGGUGAGAAGACCAUGCGCAUUUCGGUGAUUUUCCGAGGCACGGGAAAGCGGAUCUCGCCGGUGGAGAAGGCAGCGUAUCACGAGGACGUGGACGUGUUUUUCCAGGAGAACGCGUGGGCCGAUCAAAAGUUCUGCAUGGAGUGGGCGAAGAGGUCCUACCGCGAAGGCCUGAUGCGCGGGCGGGGUGAGCUCCCCAAGGCGAGGUCGAUUCUUAUCAUGGAUAACUUGCACGCGCAGACCACGGACGAGUUCGAAGCACUGCAACACUCUCGCCUGGAAACCGCGUCGCUGACAGCUUCUGAUCGCCCCGUCCUGAUCACUCAGUGGAUGGGAGCGGCCAUGGCAAGACUCAACAGCCAACAGGCGUACCGAUACUGUCCUUUCGAAAAGUGCGGGAUGGCCAUGACCGCGUACCGAUACCGUCCUUUCGAAAAGUGCGGGAUGGCCAUGACCGUGGACGGCUCGGGCGAUGAUCGAAUCACCUUGGAGGGUUUGGACGAGCCGUAUACCUUCGCUAACGAUGAAGACAGUGGUGACGACGAACAAGGUUCGGAGAACGGCAACGAUGAGCCUGAGGGGCGGGAGGAGGAGGGCGAUGGAGGACGUGAGACGCUCAUGGAGGGCGUUGACUCCAGCGAUGAAGACGACGGCGACAUCUCUCAACCCCAGACCGACGACCUAGCUCUUCUGGACGACGACGACAGCGUGGACCCACAAGACCCGGAGGAUGAGAUACAGGGAAUGAAGAUCCCGGCAGGCUUUCGUAUUCAAGAAGCUAAACCCGUUGCUCUUGACAGAUUGCUUUUACGGCGUGGAGUGCUCAAGGACACUCGCCACCUGUACGACUACUGUGUGCAGCUGGAGCUAGACCAGAGUACGCGCAAGAUGAAGUUGCCCUCAGACAAGUACAGCGGAGAUUUGGAUGCGGCUGUAGGCUCCUGGGUUUUUCUUGAGAGCAUUAGUAGAUCAGGAAGGGUACGCAGGACCAACGUCACCCUUGUGGACCAAAAUGGUUGACAGUUGCUGCUCCAUGCCUUGGUAUUUUCUUGUAUCGACAG